AUGCCAGAAGUGGAUCGACAGUCACGACUUGUUGCUUCAAGAAAAAAGAGAGCCAAUGGGGCUUCUAGUGGGUCCCCGGAGGUUAGUGCCGAUUUGAUGGACAACGGCGACCAUACUACAUCGAAUGUCGAUCCUACAGCACAGAUUGAGACCGGCCAUGCAAUUGGUUUGAGAUACCUUUCAACUCCAGUUGACCCAAAACAAAAAGCACAAUCCAUUGUUGACGCAUUGCCAGGUACCAACUUGUUAUCAAAAACUGGUAUUUUGGCCACCUCCGCAGCAGCAGCAGUCUAUGGGUUGUCCAAUGGUUUGAUUAUCAUACAUGAUGAAUCUAUCUUGGUGUUGACAUUCACCAUCUUCACAGCCUUGGUUGUCAAAUUCAUCGCUCCAUUGUACACCGAAUGGGCUGAUGGAGAAAUCAAGAAGGUUAACGAUUUGUUGAACGGAGCUAGAAACAAGCACAUUCAAGCUGUCGAGCACAGAAUUCAAUCUGUUGGAGAAUUGAAAGACGUUGUUUCACAAACCAAGGACUUGUUCAACUUGUCCAAGGAAACUGCCAAAUAUGAAGCUGAUUCAUUUGUUUUGAAACAAAAGUUGGAAGUUGCCUCAGAAGCCAGAAACGUUUUGGACUCAUGGGUUAGAUUUGAACAACAACAAAGGCAAAUCGAACAAGAACAAUUGGCAAACUCAGUUAUUGAAAAGGUCAACAAGGAGAUUGAAAAUCCAAAGUUCCAAGAAAAGGUUUUGGCAGAGGCUAUUGCUGAUGUUGAGAAAUUGUUCAAUAAAUCUAAAUAG